GGGCACCAUGGCCCUUCCCCAUCAUAAGUAAUGCACUUCAGGAGACCUAGACGAGGCCGAGGGGAGGUCCACGUCGUGGAGAGCGGGCAGGCGGAGCAGGAUGUUUGUUACCGGCUCACACUGGCAAUGAGCCGCGCUCCCCCGCUACCGCCGCCUGCAGCAGCCCCAGCCCUUCUCCUCCGCCUCCGCCUCGUCGCACCUGCAGGGAGGGGGCGGCGGCCGCAAGCAAGCUGCGCGCGAGUGAAAAAGUUCCAGCGAAGAUUUCGCUCGCGCUUUGCUGCUGACCCUGCUGUGGCAAGUGAGCCGCUCUUCGGGUGUUUCCGGGUUGCAAUCAGUCUGCCACGCAUCGAUCUGGUCUGUGCAGCGCUCUGGCCACUUCGGCGGGUCCUCUGUUGCGUCCAGGCUACCGCCCUCCUCCGGAUUAUUCGGGGGAUCAGCUAGAUGCACUCCAGUCCCAGUGAAACAAGUGUGGGGCAAUGGAGAGACGUGGGGAAGCACUCUCUGAAAAUUCACAUCUGGACAACAAAGAAGAUGGAACAACCUCUGGUGUGUCUUCUCUCUGCUUGAAUGAUGUGGAAAACAUGCAGGUGGACAUGCUGGAGAAGGCGAGGGAGCUCUUCCAACUCUGUGACAAAGAGGAAAAGGGUUUUAUAACCAAGCUUGACAUGCAACGGCUGCAAAGUGAACUGCCCCUCACUACUGAACAACUGGAAGCUGUUUUUGACAGCCUAGAGCAAGACAAUAACGGGUAUCUCACACCAGUCGAAUUCAGCAUGGGACUAGGAAAGUUUAUUGGAAUUGAACCAUACCAGUGCUCUGGAAGCACCAGUAAUGAGGAGACCUUUGAAUCAGGCUGGUCGGAUGAUUUGGACCAGACAGAUGAAGAGAAGCGCUUUUGUUCCAUGCUGCAACAGCUUGAAGCAUCCCAACUCUUUGAAGAUCAGAAUGAGGUUCAGGAGCUCUGGGCUCGGCUUCGGAAAGAACGGCCAGAGCUCCUGGCCAGUUUUGAAGAGUUCCUGUUUCGCAUUUCAGCAUAUGUCAGGGAAGUGCAUCACGAGAAGGAGUCCAUGGAACAGGCACUAAAACGGAGGGAGACAGACCAUGACAGAGAAAUCAGAUGCCUCUAUGAAGAAAUGGAACAACAAAUUAAAGCAGAAAGGGAACAACUGCUCUGCCAGGAGUCAAUGAGGCAUAACAGGAGCAAUCUGUUGCAGAAAGAACUGCGGAGCAAAGAACAGGAGUUUGAGAAAAUGCUCUACCAUCAGAAAAAGCUGGAACAUCAAUUACAGUCCCAGAACUCAGAGCAGCUAGAGAUGAGGGUGCAAAAUGAGAGAUUGCGGCAUCUAAAUGAAAGUCUCCUGGAUCAACUGGAAAGAAGCAAAUGGGAGUUGGAGGUAGCCCGGGAUCACCUCCAACAACUGCAGAAAGAAGCUCAGCUAGAACAGGAGCAGAAGGACAGGGAUGUAUUUCAAGUCUCUAAGAACAUGCAGAAAGAAAAACAAAGUCUUCUGCGACAACUGGAGCUGCUUAGCAGGGAGAUGAACAAGAAGCUGCGGGAUGAGAGAGAUGCCUUUGAAGCCAAGAAAUUGGUACCUCAGAGCAAGGUACCCCUGCUGAAGAAGGGCUCAGUGAUAGACAAUUAUCUAGUGGAGGAGAAGCCAAUCAAACGGCCUGAGCACAGGCAGCUCUUCCCUGGAGAUUCUCCUUUUGUCCUUCCUUGUUCCAAAGAAGACGUGACUUCGGAAGAGCCUAACAAGAAAAAUUGUCAAUUCCUCUUGACCAACAUGACCAGUCUGAAACAGGAGAAAGGAAGUACUUCAUUCAUGGAGGAAUUUGCAGCCCCUAGGAAAACAGAGGGGCAACAAACUGCAGGAAAUGGUGAAAUGCCAAUGUAUCCGAAGGGCAACACUAGCUGGAGAGAAAUGACAUGUGCCUCUGCCGAUCCUCCUUUGCUCCCAAGAGAGCAGCCCACUGGCAAUGAAACUGGGACCACUGAGUCAGUUGGCUCUUCUCCAGAUCGUCUCUUCAAAGUGGUUUUUCUUGGGAACUCUGGAGUUGGGAAGAGCUCCUUUAUCCAUCACUUCUGCUACAACAGAUUCUUGGCUGAGAUCAGCUCAACUAUUGGCAUUGACUACCAGGUGAAGAGUUUGAUGGUUGACAACACACAGGUGGCUUUGCAACUGUGGGAUACAGCCGGACAAGAGAGGUUCCAGAGUAUCACUAAGCAAUAUUUUCGAAGAGUGGAUGGGGUGCUGGUCAUGUAUGACAUCACGGCAGAAUGCUCCUACAUGGCAGUCAGAAACUGGAUGACUUGUAUCCUGGAUAUGGUUGAAGAAGGUGCAGUGGUAUUUCUGCUUGGAAACAAAAUAGAUGCAGCAGACAAGAAGACACCCAAAGUGCCCAGGACUGAGGGUGAAAGACUAGCAAAGGAAUACAAAGCUGUCUUCUAUGAGUGCAGCGCAAUGACCGGCUAUAACGUUCUGGAGCCCAUGCUACAUAUGGCAAGGUUGCUGGCAGCACAUGAGGACAAGCAGAGAGAGCAGGCCUUGCACCUGGAGGAAUGCAACACAAGGGAGGGAUGCUGCUUGUAGCAGGACUCUGGCUAUCCUUCCGGAAUAUAUGAUAUGUAUAUAUAAAAAAUAUAAAAAUAAGAAUGUACAGGAUAGACAACAGGGUAGUUCUCCUUCAAGCAAGAGGGGCCAUGUUAGAACUGGAAGAAGGUUCAAGAGAUCUUUUUAAGAACACAGCAUUGCAUCCAAAUGUGACAUCAUGUAUAGCUGCAAAUCAAUCAAGCUUUCUCUCCGUUGCUGUAAAGCCGUGCUUCAGAUGAUAACUCAGGGAUGCAGCGCUGUCAGCUUCUCAGUAAAACCAUGCAAGACUGUUUUGUUUCUCACCAUCUGUUGGAGACACUCAAACAGAAAUGGAAGGACAAAUACUUGCACUGGCUUUAUUGAAUAAUAAAGAGAUGACUGCUUUUAUUCAGAAAAGUGAAACCAUGUUUCAAUGGGUUUUAACUACAGGAAGGCUGAUCUAGGCAUUUUGCCCACCCCUAGUCCACCUCCAAGUUUACCAAAUCUCUGAAAGUAGCUCAGCAAUGGAAUAAUUGAUCAUACUUGGGCAAUUUGCAGAAUCUCCUUUUUGGGGUGGCUUUCAAGGAAACCUCUGUCAGGAAUCCAACUGGUACCAAUUCCAACUCUCUUUAUUUACUUAGAAGGAUGCUUGUAGAGCCUCCCGAGGCAUGCCUGAGAGUGCAGGUUGUAACAGGAAUAUGGAGAGCCCCCUGCAGGAGAUUCCAGGUUCAAUCUCUGCUAUCUCCAAGAUGGGGCUGAGAGAGAUUCCUGCCUGGAACCUUGGAGAAGCUGCUGCCAAUCUGUGUAGACAAUACUGAGCUAGAUGGACCAAUGGUCUGACUCAGUAGAAGGCAGCUUCCUAUGUUGCUAUGGAGCUUCCUUUGCUUUCCCCACUACUUGUCUGUCCUGUUUUCCAAGUGCAAAGCUAAACAUGCAGGUCCAGCAAGAAGUGGUCCUUGUAGUACUCUUAUGGGUAGCUUCUGGUGACACAUAACUGGGUUGGAGCAGAAGUCCAUGUCUUUGCAUUUGCCUCCCUGUUAGUGCUCCUGCCAGGGGCGUAACUAUAAUAGGGCAAGGGGAGACAGUUGUCUGGGGGCCCACUGCUUUGGGGGGCCCCCCAGAGGCAAGUCACAUGACUGACUCCCCUAGCCGCACACCAGCCCAGGCUUCCUUCAGUUGUAUUCAUCCUCCGAAACUGAUGUGAGUGUGAAGACCUGGAGCUACCAGAACAGCAGGUCUUUCUCUAGUACCAUUCAAUGACUUGCAUCGUCCACAAUUCACAAAACCUUUAAAAAAAUAAUUUAGUAUGAUGUUCUAUUGUGGCACAUAGGAUAUCUAUCUAUCUGUCUAUCUAUCUUCAUGAGCUGAGCUUCAGUGAGGGGGGCCAAUUUAAAAUCUUGUCUCUGGGCCCACUCCAACCUUGCUACGCCCCUGGCUCCUGCGCAACGCAGAGUGCAUAGGAACACACUGUCUUCCUGUCUUGCUUGCUUUUCCAUUCUUGCCACCUCUGUUAAUGUUAAUAUAAGUGGCCAUGGGGUGGUGCUGUUCUGUCUAGAAGAAUGGCUUUCUAAGAUAACUUUGCCAGCAAAUGUAGUCAGUUUUUGAAAUGUAAAUAAUGGAGGGCAGAGAAAUGCAGCUGCCAAUGCAAUCCAAAAGGGUAUCAAUUCAGUAGAAAUCCACUGACCUUCAUAAGGCAAUAUGCUUUACAAUGCAGUUGCAUUUCGGAGGUAAGUGAGUAGUAAUAGAACAGUUUCCUCCCCCUCAUUUUCCUGUUUCAUCACGUGUCGUAUACACUCUGUUUUCUUCAAAAGAUACUUGUAUUUUCAGUUUAAUGUUUGUUUUAUUGGAGGAAAAAGUCAGGGCAGCAUACAAAUCACUUAAAUAACAAUUUUAAAAUAUGUAAGCAACUUUUAAAACAUUUUUAAUUUUAUGCUGUUUUAAAUUGUUAAACUGUUUUAACCUUUUA